ACUGUGUUGCUUUCCACACUUCCUGCAAAUCUGUUGCUAUGAAGGCUUUUUUGAAGACACUAUGUCUCUUCAGUUAUAUGUUUGCUGCUUCUAGUUUUGUAGAGCACAGUCUUAUAAGUGGAUUUACUAGUCACAAGACCAUAAACGCGAUUAUUAUGUUUCACUGCGGUCCUUCCGAAUCGAUUGCAAGCCUUUAUGCCUAUUCUAAAUCUUUUCUGAGCAUUUACGUUCCGUCUACCACAUUCUACACUAACCAUUAUAGAUUUAUGUCAACGGGAGACCACCGAUUUGGUUUAAUCGCGGAUUUAAGCUGCCCAUCGACCAAAGAUUUGCUGCAAUUUUGCUCCGAUAGAUCGUACUUCAAUGAAUCGUAUCGAUGGCUUUUGGUGAACGGUGUUGAUUCCAAUUAUACGUUUUCCUAUCUGGAAAGUUUGAAUUUGAACAUUGAUACGCACCUCACAUUGGCCAUUCGGAAUCUUGACCAGGUUGAAGGUAGUUACGAGUUGUUCGAAGUUUACGGUACUAUUCGUAGACGAGGAGGAAAGAAUCAUGUGGUAAAAGUCGGUUUUGAGAACUCUGGGACAGGGAUUUCGUUGGAUCGUACCCAUAAUAACUUGGCUAAAAGUCGAACAUGUUUGGACGGAUUGCCUCUUCGGGCUGUUGUUACAACACCUCAGCGCAAGAAUUACAUGAAAAGUUCUUUCAUAGAAGAUUAUCUGCUCAAUUUGGAUCCCCCGAGAAGCUUCUCCUCUGAUAGACUGGGAUAUCAGAUGAGUGUAUUGUUGAGCGAGUUCCUUAAAUUCAGGAUACAGCUUAUAAUCGCCGACGAUUGGCACUUUAACGAAAUCGAUACAAAUUCAUCGAAAGGAGUUAUUGGGCAGUUGCAGAACAAUUUAGUUGACUUUUCCAUUGCACCGUUGUCGUUGAGAACAGAAAGUGUAGCUGCUUUCGAUGUGAUAAUGCCUAUUACUGCAACAAGAGUAAUGAUUGUUUUUCGACAUCCCAAGAACAGCUUUACCAGAAACAUUUUCUUACUGCCCUUUCGGAACACCGUUUGGGCUGCAGUUUCGACCAUUAUGAUCGUAGCCUGCACAUUUCUGUUGGUCGACUUGUACAUUAAAACUCGAACGAAUUUUUAUGAAACAUGUGAAAUUCUGUUGACAGUUUUGGGAUUUCUCGGUCGACAGCCAAUGACCAGUGGAAUCGAUCUCGCCUCUGCCCGGAUUGUGAUCAUCGCCUCUAUAUUUUUCUGUUUUAUCGUCCAUCAGUUCUACUCGACAUUUAUUAUCAGCUAUCUUUUGGUGUCGCCUCCGAAAAGUAUUCAAACUGUAGAGGAUUUGCUGUCGAGUAAUCUCAAAUGCGGAAUCGAAGAUUUUGCUUACAAUCUCGAUUUUUUCAAUACAACCAAAGACGACAUUGCGCUUAAGCUGUACAAAAAUAAGAUCCUCACAAACAAGCAUGGCCUCACAGACAUCAAUACUGGAAUCAAGUUGGUAAAACGUGGUGGUUAUGCAUUCCUUAUGGAUUGUUCCUACGGAUAUCCAUUGGUGUUCGAAUCCUUCAACGAAAAACAGAUAUGUGAUCUACACGAGAUCAGUCUGCUUCCUUUGCAGCCAUUAUACUUAGCAGUUCCCAAAGGAAGUCCAUUGAAGGAAGCUUUUAGGAUUAUGCUGAGACGAGCCGUAGAAACUGGAUCUACCGAUCGCUACAACAGGAUAUUCAAUUCCCGGAAGCCUCGCUGUACGAUGAAAGAUGCCACUUUUGACCAGGUUCAACUAGUCGAUAUCGCGAGUUUGUAUCGGUUUCUGGCAUUGGGUGGAGCUCUUGGAAUGGGAAUUCUACUGGUGGAAAUCAUUGAAUCUCGGAUUAGAACCUACUUCGAGAUGAAAAAUUUUCUACAAAAAUAUCCGGUUUGGCUUGAUUAAAACGGGUUCAUUCUAUCAUACAGUCGAAUGCAACCCUUAAUCAUUGUGACAGAUGGGAUGGCUUGGGUUGGAUGGGAUUUGUUGGAUGCCUACACGCUAACUUGGAAAUACCCAUUAAUGAGUACUUUCGUACACGCUAACUUGGAAAUACCCAUUAAUGAGUACUUUCGUACCCAUUUCCAACUAAAGUGGCUUAACUCAUUAAAAGAGUAAAGUCGAUUUACUCAUUAAAGAGUAUUCGCUUUGAACUUCAGAUAAAGGGUAUUUUUCACUCUUGGUCCCUAGCAGGAAAAUGGGUAAUUAAACCCCAUUAUUUUAUGAGCGAUGCUGCAUGCAGAUUGAGGUUAACGAUAAAAAUACAUCACAAAAUACAAAAAUCAGAAAUAAAAGACCUUGUUUGCAACAUAUAGCAUUGAUUUCUUAUACAUCAUGCAAUUUAUUCGAUCGAUAAAUUUGUUCCGCCGAUAUCUCGACCGAAGCUUCCUAACAAACUAAAAUAAAAUCUCUGCAUCUAGGUGAUCAUCCAUCACGGGAACCGCUGCAGCGGGCAAAGAACUCGAAACAGCAAAUUAUCGUCGUGUUCAUCCAAAAAUCUGCAACAAGAUAAGUAAUUGUUUAGAUCAUUAGAUUUAGCGCACAGCGACUUAUCUACUAACAUUACUUACGUGUUGAGAAGUUCGUAAAUUUAAUUAAUUCUCGCUUCACUUUGAACGACAAUAAAUUAAAAUAGAAAAAAUGGCACUUUCAUUUUGAGAACAAGCAUGUGUACUAUUUACCCAUUAUUGUUGCUAGUUAUGGAACUCCUUAAUGAGGCUAAAGUACCCUUUUUUAUGUCAUUGGAAAAUACUCUUUUUUUGACAACUUCAUACUGACGAUAAAAAUGGGUACAAGAAACCCAUUUAAAGGGUACUUUUACGUUAGCGUGUACCCAUUUCCAACUAAAGUGGCUUAACUCAUUAAAAGAGUAAAGUCGAUUUACUCAUUAAAGAGUAUUCGCUUUGAACUUCAGAUAAAGGGUAUUUUUCACUCUUGGUCCCUAGCAGGAAAAUGGGUAAUUAAACCCCAUUAUUUUAUGAGCGAUGCUGCAUGCAGAUUGAGGUUAACGAUAAAAAUACAUCACAAAAUACAAAAAUCAGAAAUAAAAGACCUUGUUUGCAACAUAUAGCAUUGAUUUCUUAUACAUCAUGCAAUUUAUUCGAUCGAUAAAUUUGUUCCGCCGAUAUCUCGACCGAAGCUUCCUAACAAACUAAAAUAAAAUCUCUGCAUCUAGGUGAUCAUCCAUCACGGGAACCGCUGCAGCGGGCAAAGAACUCGAAACAGCAAAUUAUCGUCGUGUUCAUCCAAAAAUCUGCAACAAGAUAAGUAAUUGUUUAGAUCAUUAGAUUUAGCGCACAGCGACUUAUCUACUAACAUUACUUACGUGUUGAGAAGUUCGUAAAUUUAAUUAAUUCUCGCUUCACUUUGAACGACAAUAAAUUAAAA